CGGAGCUGACGGCUCCAGGUGCUUGGGUUGGUGCUGCCCGCCUGAGCAGGGCCACACCUGGGGGAGAGCCCGGCUCCUGCCAUCAAAAAGUUUUUCAGACGGGCUCGCAAAUGGUCUCCCUAUGGAGGAGCAGUCGGGGGAUGGAACGGGGGGGGGUGCACAGACCACCCCCAGCUUUUUUCCCUUCAGAAGAGCCGGAGGCAGUUUCUUGCGCCGGUAGGCUCUAUCAUGGGGCGUGUGGUGUCACCUUUGGUUUUACAUAAGUGUCUCCCUGGGAUGGAAAAAUGGGGAGGGGGGAGGACCUCGGAUGGGCCUACCGGGAUGGCCACGCUCCCGCACGGCAGCGCAACCUGCCGCAGGCAUUUGCAACGCCCUGGCCAGACUGACUUCCACGGAGGGAGAGGCUGAAGGCGAAAGAGAGAGAGGAGGAGAAAACUUUCCACUAAUUUACUUUUUUGGCCAGGAGUGCUUGUGUUCAUAGACUGCGAGUCCUUCCCUCAGCCCUCCCCCUUCACCCCCCCUUCGCUUUACUAGCAUACAAUUAACAUCAUUAGGCAUCAGCCCUCCAGCUAAUAGGUGAACUGCGACAAAAAACGGUUUUAGGACGCGGAGGAUACAAUGUUCACUAAACUCUUCCAGCAGUGGAGUUUCGCAGUAUUCCUUCUGAGUUACUCCGUGCCCUCCUGCGGGAGAUCAGUGGAGGGGAUCAGCCGCCGACUCAAACGGGCUGUAUCAGAGCACCAGUUACUGCAUGACAAGGGCAAGUCAAUCCAAGAUCUACGAAGAAGAAUAUUCCUUCAAAAUUUAAUUGAAGGUGUCAACACUGCAGAAAUCCGUGCAACUUCAGAGGUUUCACCUAACCCUAAGCCUGCUACAAACACGAAGAACUACCCUGUCCGAUUUGGCAGUGAAGAUGAGGGCAGAUACUUAACUCAGGAGACAAACAAAUCACAGACCUAUAAGGAACAACCCCUGAAGGUAUCGGGGAAGAAAAAGAAAGCUAAGCCUGGAAAACGUAAGGAACAAGAGAAGAAAAAGAGGCGAGCCCGCUCUGCUUGGCUAAACACUGACAUGUAUGGAAGCAGCCUGACCGAGAGCCCACUCUUGGACAACUCUGUUACUACACAUAAUCAUAUUUUAAGGAGGCGCUGAUAUUUUCAGCAAGACAUCUUUGGAAGACAUAUUGCAGUAUUCUGUAAUAGUGAACACAUGGGAAGUAUUAAAAUAUUUAUUACCUGUAAAUAUUGUAAAUGCUCAGAAUAAUUUUUUUUUCCCCCAUUGCUCUCUGAAACUGCACAUUUGGUUAUUGUGAUUUUUUUUUUUUUUUUUUGGCUAAUGCUAAAUCAAUUAUUAUUGCCACAUUUACUAUAAUUUAUUUUGUUGACUGGUGUAUUUAUUUUGUGAACGUAUCUUGGUGCUGCUGACUUUCUAUAUUUUUUGUAACAUAAUGCACUUUAGAUAUACAUUUCGAGUACAUUGAUAAUUAACAUAAAAUGUUCCUUUUUUGUGGUUGACUUCAAUGAAUGCCUACACAAAAUUGUUCAAACUGAUUUUCCUUUGUGCAUGUAUAAUAGCAGUAUUUUAAAAUUUGUAAAGAAUGUCUAAUAAAAUAUAAUCUAAUUAAA